AUGGCUGUGCCUAAAGAAGAAGAGAAAAACUUUUUCAUUUUUCCAAUGCCACGCUGUGCCAUUAAGUCGAGUCCAUUGUCGAGCCAAGGAUCCUGCAAGGCGAAGAGAAGGAAGGUCACCCCAAGUUGUAUAAGCGGAAUAAAAAAGAGACGGUGCAGGGUCCGAUCAGGCUGGCGACACGAGUGGGUAUCUCCUGAACGUUUGACUCCUGGAGGAUCCUUGGGAGUUCAUGAAAUCAUCCGUGGUCCAUUCUCAUCUCCAAGACUCCUGAAGACAUCGCCCUUUGUCUUCGUAUCCUCUGCUCCAGUUAAAGAUACUUCCUUGUGCAGCAUAAAAGGAGAGCGUCGUGGUAUUCCUGAUCCUUGGAAAGAAUAUUUAGCGUUAAAGGGUCUACGUGGAAAGCUUGAAAAAAAUAGGGCUAAGUCGGGCCUGAAUCUAGGCUGUCAUGGAACACGAAUCACGGAAACGGUCUGGAAGGAUCUUGGGUUGUCACUUGCACAAGGUAUUCCUGACCCUUGGAAGGAUUGGCCACCAUUGAAGAAAAAGACGUGGGUAGCAGAAGCAAAAAAUACAAAGUGUCUUAGGACUGUUGAAAAAUUAAAAAAAAGUCAUAACCCAGAGGCAAAGGAUUUUAAGUGUAAAAAAGUUAUUGAAAAUUCUACAAGAAUAGAAAAUCCAUCUUCAACUGAUUCCAAAGAAUACCCUGGAACAUGUAACCCCAUUAAACUUCCUUGUGCAUCCAAGAUCAUUCAAGUCCCAUUGACUGAGAUUAAUAAUGUCCAAAAACUUGAAGACCUUCCCAGGGAAUAUGAGCCUACUAAAAAUAACGUAAGACGAUUAAAGGUGAGCUCACAUGAUAAAAAGUGUCAUGAAGUAAAGGGGCAUUGCCAUUGCUCUAUAAAAUUGAAUGACCAUUGCAGAACUAUGAAAGAAUAUGACACGCAAUGCUGUAUGCGUAAGGUAUGGAGCAAUUCGAAUCUUUGUAAAUACAGCUGCGAUGAUAAUCAAAUAUUUUGUGACAAUCCAAACUAUAUGUAUUCGACAUUCUAUCCCUCUGAAUGUCAAGGAUGUUUGGUACCAUGUCUGCCCAGACAUGUAAAUGCACCAAGAUGCGCUCUGACUGCACCAAGAUGCAUUCCCACUGGAUCCGCAUGUCCAGUGCAUUAUUUUUCACCGUCGUAUCCUACAGGUUGCGCCUUCACAAUACCAAGGAAACGAAUGUCGAAAAUGCGUCGACUGUUCGUACGGUGUAACCAAAGGUUUCAGGAGUCUUGCAUGCCUUAUAAAUGCAACAGGCAGGAGUAUCCUUCCUGUGCUUUGAGACAGGACUUAACGAAUGUGGAUCUGGUGUGCUGCCAAUGCAGCUGUCCUUAUUUUAAAUUAGCCAGGACUAAUGACCCUGGAUGUACAGAUAAGGAAGUCUGUGUCAAUUGUGAAAGACCUGCUCAUUAUCGUUGUACUAACCAGUGUACAAAAAAGUUACAAGAUCGUCCUGAAACAUGCAAGAAUUUUUUAAAGAACACAAACAUGAGAUGCAACCUACAGUCUCCCUGUGGGAAAAAAUAUUUUAAAUCUACAAUGCAUUCCUAUACGCAAUGUAACCUUGGUGAGGAACUCAAAAAAAAGUUUGUCGAUAAAAUGUCUCUCUGCUAUCCUGAUAGGAUAUUUGAAUCUUGCCACAAUACUAAUAGGAAUAGCAAUAAAGUCCUUCAGAAGGAAGUGCAAGUACAAUGUCCUGAGAGGACCACGAUAAAACAGCAUUAUCGAGCGGAAUGUGUUAAAGAUUCAAAAGAUACAUUCCCUAUUGCUGUACAAUGCUCUGAAAUACCAAAUCAAAUACCAAAUCAAAAUUGCAGAAAGAAGAAAAAACGAGCUCCAUAUAUGUUAUGCAAUAGCUCUGAGCAGAAGCAUAUACCAAAUUUUUGUAUAGACCUUCCAAAAUUGAUCAAAUCUGACAGCGGUGAUAUUGCAGAUAUCUCAGACACAUCUAAACCACGAGAUUCCUCAUCCGUCACCUCUGUAACAUUCAUCAGUUUACUAAGCCAAAACAAUAUAUCCAAAGUACAGAAAAAAAAUUUGAGGAAGAUGCAACUAGAUUCAAGAUUCAAAGUAGCAGCUAAAUCGGUUGCCAAAAAAAAUAUGUCCUCUAACGAUUCCAUAUCUUCAUCAAUUUGUCCACCCAAAAGUCAUGAGUUUCAUGAUUUCGCAGAAGUUUCACGAGAUAACGAAGUAAUUGAUAAGGAUAAGCAUACGCCAGUGACAGAUGUAGAAGCUAAUCCACGCGUCAAGAAGAAAGUGAACGUUGGGAGUAGACAUAAGAAUUCCAAAAGUUUUAUAUGUUCGAAUCACAACGACAAAGUUGACAAUUGCUAUACAAAAUUUUGUUACCUAAGACGAACCAAGCAACAGCUUCAAUUUCCUAUCACGAAUCAAUCGCAUGAGAAAUUUGAUCACGAUGAGGUAAAGGCAUUCAGAGCGGACAUGGAAGAGAAUUCCAUACACUAUUCUUACAUUAGUUGACUAUGAGUGUUUCUGAAGAAUUUAUGUGGAACAGUUGUGGAAUGAAGGAAGGAACGUGAAUGAAUUAGAACCAAGGAUAAGUCUGACUAAAGAGAAAACGUAAAGACGGCCAAGUACUUCCCUAAUCGACCUCUUAUGUUCUUACUGAUUAUUUCUAAGCUGCUAUAAUUUAGCUAAAGGAUUCAGAAUACAUCCC